GCGCCGCCAAUGGCGGGCCGCUUACGCCGCGACGAGGAGGGAAGUAGGAGGGGUAGCGCAAGCGCGCUGAAGGCUCCGGCCACUACCGGAGCGUAAACAAGGCGCCGCUGAGAGGGAUGAGGAGGCGGCCGGAGCCGAGCGGGGCCGGGAGCCGUCGAGGCUGACAGGCCUCUUUUCGCUGCCCUCCCGCCGGCCGGGGCCAGGGGGAGCCAUGAACUUGGCCAGUCAGAGCGGCGAGGCCGGCGCCGGCCAACUGCUCUUCGCCAACUUCAACCAGGACAACACGUCCUUAGCUGUUGGCAGCAAAUCAGGUUACAAAUUCUUCUCCCUUUCUUCUGUGGAUAAACUGGAGCAGAUCUAUGAAUGCACUGACACAGAAGAUGUGUGCAUUGUGGAGAGGCUCUUUUCCAGUAGCUUGGUGGCCAUAGUGAGCCUCAAAGCCCCCCGCAAGCUGAAAGUUUGCCACUUCAAGAAGGGGACAGAGAUUUGCAACUACAGCUAUUCCAAUACAAUCCUGGCUGUCAAGCUUAACAGGCAGCGAUUGAUCGUGUGCUUAGAAGAGUCUCUGUACAUACAUAACAUCCGGGACAUGAAAGUGUUGCACACCAUCAGGGAGACGCCCCCCAACCCCGCAGGCUUGUGUGCGCUGUCCAUAAACAACGACAACUGCUACCUGGCCUACCCAGGCAGUGCCACCAUUGGGGAAGUCCAGGUCUUUGACACCAUCAAUCUGAGAGCUGCUAACAUGAUCCCUGCUCAUGACAGUCCUUUGGCUGCGCUAGCUUUCGAUGCGAGCGGCACAAAACUGGCCACGGCGUCGGAAAAGGGGACGGUGAUCCGGGUAUUUUCCAUUCCAGAGGGACAGAAACUCUUUGAAUUCCGAAGGGGUGUGAAGAGGUGUGUGAGCAUCUCCUCUUUGGCCUUCAGCAUGGACGGCAUGUUUCUGUCCGCAUCCAGUAACACGGAGACAGUGCACAUUUUCAAAUUAGAAACUGUGAAAGAGAAACCUCAGGAGGAGCCCACGACUUGGACGGGUUACUUUGGGAAAGUCCUGAUGGUCUCCACAAACUACCUGCCUGCCCAGGUGACAGAAAUGUUCAACCAAGGCCGAGCUUUUGCCACCGUCCGCCUCCCUUUCUGUGGGCACAAAAACAUCUGUGCAUUGGCCACAAUCCAGAAGAUCCCCCGGCUGCUGGUAGGAGCUGCAGAUGGGUACCUGUACCUGUACAACCUGGACCCCCAGGAGGGAGGCGAAUGCACCCUGAUGAAACAGCACAAGCUGGAUGGCAGCAUGGAGCCAGGCAAUGAAAUCCUAGAAUCUGCAUCGCACGACCGGCCGCUAGUAGCGCAGACGUACAGUGCUGCUGUGACUAAAGGUACUUAUGUGCCUUCUUCGCCUACAAGGCACGCCUAUACUGAGGACCUGGGUGCAGUUGGUGGCGCUUGCCUGGAAGAGGACGCCAGCACCCUGCAGCUGGACGAAGACAGCGAGCACCCCCCGAUGAUCCUUCGGACGGACUGAACUUUGACCUGUGAACUCCACUCCUGAAGCCGAGGACGUAGGCCUGACCCCUCUGGAGGAUUAUUGUGUCUGUGCUGCUACGAACCUUGACCCGGGCUGAGAGCAAGAGGGAGGACGGCGGAGGACUCUGAAGUCAUUUUAAAACACACACAAACCAUUGUAGCCGUAAUGCUGAUUUGAUGCCAUGGAGGUGGGGGGGGGUAGGGGGGAAAAUAUAUGGUUUCACUUCAGUGGCUUUUAAAUCCUGCUUUACCUUUUAGCUGUGAGGAUAUAUGCAUAUAUAUUUUUCGUCGUUGUUCCUGUUGCCAAAACCUGCUCUCUCUCUCUCUCUGUGCAGCCUUCGGCACCUCCUAGCUUUGCAUGCUGCCUUCUGCCAAGCAAGCAGAUCACUUCAUAAUGAAGAAGUUUGCCGAGUUUUGGGGUUCUCUCUCUCUCUCUCUCUCUUUUUUUUUAGAAGACAAAUACAUGUACAUAGAUAACACUUGGCAUCCAUGAAGGGAGGAGCAGCAAAGUUUGCUUCUGGGUGCUUUGACUCCUUCCAGUGCUCUUCAGCCUUACCAUCCCCAGAUGUGGGUGGACUACCACUUCCAUCGUCCACAGCCAGCUUGGCCCGAUGGUCAUGGAUGAUGGCGCUUGUAGUCCCCCCACAUCUGGGUGCCCAAGGCUUUGAAGGACAUUGGCUUAUUCUACUCGGACAAAGGUUCCAGGUAGUUUCUUGCGCAUGGGCUUUCGGUUGCAACUCCUGGAAACAUGCAGCGGUCUCUCUCGUUUUCUUUUCUUGGGUUCUUCCCAUCACUCAACCUUCCCCCCCCCUCCUGUCCAGCUUCACAGUUUAUUCCCUCCUUUCUUCCCCGCCCCCUUCUCCUCCUCCUUUCCCCCCCGGACCAUUUUGUUAAUUAAAAACUCCUUCUAAAUGCUGCCUUGCUUGUGGGACUGUUGUGUUCUCUUCCGCAGAGGGGAUGGUGUGCCUCUGCUCUGGAUCUCGCUUCUUCCUCUCUCUUUGGGGACGUGAAAUGGAGAGAGUGACCAAUGCAGGCUGGACAUUCUUUGGGAGCAGGGAAAGCCGCAAGGCAGGGGAAUAUUCUCCCUUCUGUUCUGUCUUUGUCUGAAAUUAGGGUCAGCGUGUUCCAGUUUCAGAGGUGUUGGCCAGUUAACUCAGAAAGCAUCUUCAUCCUUCGGUUCUUCAUGUCCAUCUUGCUUCAAUCCUUGCAAAGUCUUGCAUCCUCCCUCCCUAAUAACCAGGUGGAGCUCCCUUCACGAUCUGUCGGCCCUGCUCUCAUGACUUCUCUCUCUCCCGCGACACCUUCAGGUGGCCACUAUUUGAGCUUUCCCCGAGUUCCUCCAGGGUGAAGUGACAUGCAGAGCCGCUGUCGAAAUCCGCCACCCUGUGCCUGGUACUCCAUCUACCUCCACACCCUGCACUGUGGUACCACUUUAAUCAGUCACGGCUUCCCCCAAAGAAUUCGGGGAGCUGCAGUUCAUUAAGGGUGCUGAGAGUUGUUAGGAGACCCCCUUAUAGAGCUUCAAUUCACCAAUGGGUUGCACCACUCUGAGAAUUGCAGGUCUGUGAGGGGAAGGGGUGGUCUCCUAGGACCUUAACAAACCACAGCUCCCAGAAUGCUUCAAGGGAAGCCAUGCCUGUUCAGAGUGGUAUUGUAGUGCUUUAAAUGCAUGGUGUGAAUGUGGCCUCACGCCGCAGCCCAUCGUGGGGCUUGGGAGAUGGAUAGCAUGGGGUACCGAAACAUGAAGCAACUGUGCAGCACUGGAGAAGCACUGGAGUGCUUGUUUCUGUUUCCAGGGUUGGCCCUGUGAUCCAGCAUGUAUCACAGUUGGGAUUCGAGUCAAGGACCCCAAACCUCCCUCCGCAGUCUGUGGCUGCACACCUGAGCUCCAGCUCGUGCACCUGUGUCUCCGUCUUCAUCCCUUGGCUCCCAGACCUCUCAACCUCCAAUUCUUUAUGUAAUCCCCAACCUCCCGACCGCUGGAACAGCAAUUCCGGCAUCAGGAGGAGGGGCAGGUUUUCGUGGAACUGCAGGGACUCGUGAGGAAGUGACCAAAGCUGGGCAAAACUGCCGCCCUCUUUUUACAGAGCUGUAAUGUGCCUUUUUUGGUUCUGAACCUUCCAAUUUCUUUUUGAUGAGCAACAAUGUGUGUGUGGGUGCGUGCGUGCAAACCUUUUGGGUGUGAACCUCUUGUUUUCCUUAGAUUGUCAGCCAGCUUUUUCUUUUUCGAUUAAAUUAUUACUCACUCUC